GCAAAAACCUAAUUUAGGUAAAAAAGAAAUAAGUAUUACACAUACAUAUAUGUCAAUAAGUAUAUAAAAGGGUCGAACUACAAAAAAAAAUAUAAUCGAACGAUGGAGGAGAUAAUGUCAAUGAUCUUCAACGGAAUCAAUCUGGUUAAGGAGCUCGAGUUCAGUUUAUCAGCACAAGAGUCGCCAGAAUCUCUCUCUACUUCUCUCGGUUCAGUCUCCACUCUGUUCGGAGACGCCAACGAGCGAUUAAAAAUCCUUCUUGCGAGGAGGAACUCUUUGGUACUGAAUCAGCCUGAACCAAAACCAGUUUCAAUGUCCGAUUUGGACCAGAUUAUGAUGCAGCAGAUUGAACAUGGUCUGAUGCAGGACUACAGUUUAAGGGAAGGAGUGAUGCAAGGCGUGAAGAAUAUAGAUUCAGGUCCUGGUUGCUCAUUUUCGACUCCAAGGCCUCGAAGAAGGCAGAAGGAUGUAGAAGAAGAAAAGGUGUUUGUGGCGGCGGCAAGGAUGGGGAACAUGGACACUCCACCGGACGACAAUCACACUUGGCGUAAAUAUGGCCAGAAGGAAAUUCUCGGUUUUAAGUUUCCUCGGGCGUACUAUAGGUGCACCCACGAGAAACUAUACAAGUGUCCGGCGAAGAAGCAAGUGCAACGGCUCGACGAAGAUCCUUACACGUUCUGCGUCACUUACCGAAGUUCACACACGUGUCACUUCUUCACCACUUCCCCUAUCUCAUCAACAGCCGCCACCGCAACAACAGACGGUCAUUACGGUUCCACCGUAGUUAACAUGGCCGAAGCUUUGUUCGGCAACGUGGACUCGGUUGUUCCUUUCGACGAAUCCUACUUUGACUACCGUAGCCUCUUUAACGGAAGCGGCAGCGAUUGGGAUACGUGAUACAAACACAAGGUUUUACGAGUUAGGCAUGCGCAUUGUGUUAAAAUAAUUAAUUUUAAUUUUUAGAUGGUUCAAAGUUCUUUUUUUUCCUAGUAUCUAUCGAGUUAGGGUUAUCAUUGUGUAAAUUAGCUACCGAGUAAUAUGUUAUUUGCAUACGAUAACAAAACCCGGUCAACAACAUAUAACAAGUAUCAAAAUGAUUAAUUGUAGUGGCAACAAUAUAAACAAAAUAUUUGAUUGUUGUUGCUGGUUACUUCCAUUGGUGACUGGCAAACGAUCUCUGGUCUUUAAUAAGAUUAGCUAGUGACUCUUCAAAUGUGAAUUUUUCUAAAGAACAAAGUGAUGU